AUGAUUGGAUCAAAAAAAAUUGAUAAGUUUUAUGUGUUUGACGACGAAUUGGGGGUUAAUAUGAUGUUUGUGACCAAAGAUGAUGAUCGGGUCUAUGGAUUGGGUGCUAAUGUCUGGGGAUUACUGGGUUUGGGACACAACCAGUGGGUGAGUGAACCACAAGAGAUCAUAGAGUUGUCAAAUAAAAUAUGUAUAAAAUUUAUAAACGGAAGUGAAUUCAUAGUUUGUUUAACUCGUGAUAACUGUGUCUAUAGUUGUGGUUUAGAUAGAAAUGGACAGUUAGGUCGGGGAUGUGAUGAUAAUAAUUAUAAGAAACCAAUGAUUAUACAAAUCAAUGACAACAAUGAUUUGAUACGUGAUAUGAGUUGUGGUUCAUAUCAUACAUUAGUUUUAACGCAUAAUAAUGAUAUGUAUGGUUUGGGGUCGCAAUCAUUUCGGACAAAUCGAGAUCGUGAUAAAUAUAUAUCCAGUGAAUGGAGUGAUAAAUACAAUAAAUUGUUUGACAUAACAAUCGGUGCAACAAAAACUUUAUAUGCAAAGAGACCUACCUGUGCUCAGAUCAUUGAACAGUACAAUGAAUGGGCUAUCGAUAGCACAGUUGUUACAAAUGAUGUCGAGUUUAAUGAAAAACUCCAACAAAUCAAACACAAGGAAUGGAAACUCCUUUUAACGAAUAAUAAUGAAGUGUAUGGUUGGGGUCGCAAUCAUUUCGGACAAAUCGGUAGCCGAGACACCACUUGUGAAGCAAUUACUAAACCGGAAAAACAGCUUAUGUUUUAA